AUGGCCACACCCCCAGGAGUAGGUCCUGCUGCUCUGCGUUUCGCUGCUGCAGCCACCUGGCAAGUUGUGCGGGGACGCAGCGUGGAGCUGUUUCCACGGGUACUGGAGUUUCUGCAGUCUCUGCGCUCUGCUGCCCCUGGCUUGGUCCGCUACCGGCAUCAUGAACGCCUGUGUUUGGGCAUACGGGCCAAGGUGGUGGUCACGUUGAUCCUGCAGGGUCGGCCAUGGACCCAGGUCCUGAAUACCCUGAAUGACUACUUCCCAGAGUGUGGACAUAAAGUGCAGAACCCAAAAGUGACUGAAAAAGACUGGAAAAAGAUCUUGGAAGCACAGGAAACCUUUUGCCAGCAGAUUAAGGAGCUGGCAGAGGACCCCGUGGAUAUGACCUCAAAGUUGCAGGAACUUGAACAAGAGUAUGGAGAACCCUUUCUGGCUGCCAUGGAAAAGCUGUUUUUUGAGUACUUGUGUCAGCUGGAAAAAGCACUUCCCAGACUACAGGUGCAACAGUUUCAGGAUGUCCUAAGUUGGAUGCAGCCUGGUGUUUCCAUUGCCUCUUCUUUUGCCUUGAGCCAGUAUGGUGCAGACAUGCAGUGGCCACUUUCAGUGCGCACUGCUACCCAUUCAGUGACCGUGACUCAGCCUAUAGAGCCGAAGUCUCCUCAGCAACCAAGACCAGCACUUUGCAGUCCUUUGUCAAAAGCCAAAGGUUCAUACAUAUCUCAGAAAGCAGCCUCAAGGAAGGAUUCAGAAUCCUUGGCUGGCCAUCAUUUCAAUCUGGCCCCUAUAGGCCAGCGAAGAAUUCCAUCACGAUGGUCAUCCAUUAGAGGGAGCCAAAAGGAGCGCCCCACCGUCAUGUUGUUCCCCUUCAGGAAUCUAGGCUCAUCAACCCAGGUUAUAUCUAAGUCUGAGAAUAGAAGACAACAUGGGGCACACAAAAAAGAUCUAGCAGGUGCUGUGAGCACAGAGGCAGACUCUGCAGGAAAACCCAAAAGCCCAUCCCAGACCCUGGCGGAAAAGGUGCUAAAGGAAAAUGCUGAAGUUGACUCACCUGCCUCUGAACAAAAGGAGUAA